AUGCUGCGCCUGGGCCUGUGGGCAGCAGCCCUGCUCUGCGCCUGCCAGCCGGACCUAGUGCAGGCCGACUGCUGGCUCAUAGAGGGCGACAAGGGUUACGUGUGGCUGGCCAUCUGCAGCCAGAACCAGCCUCCCUACGAGACCAUCCCUCAGCACAUCAACAGCACCGUGCACGACCUCCGUCUCAAUGAGAACAAACUCAAGGUGGUCCUCUACUCCUCCCUCAACCGCUUCGGCAACCUGACCGACCUCAACCUGACCAAGAACGAGAUCUCUUACAUCGAGGACGGCGCCUUCCUGGGCCAGGCCAACCUCCAGGUGCUGCAGCUCGGUUACAACAAGCUGAGCAACCUGACGGAGGGCAUGCUCCGCGGCAUGAGCCGCCUGCAGUUUCUCUUCGUCCAGCACAACCUCAUCGAAGUGGUGACGCCCACGGCGUUCUCCGAGUGCCCGGCGCUGAUCAGCAUCGACCUGUCCUCCAAUCGCCUCAGCCGCCUGGAGAGCACCACGUUCGUGGGGCUGAGCAGCCUCAUGGUGUGCGAGCUGGCGGGCAACCCCUUCAACUGUGACUGCGGCCUCUACGGCUUCCUCAACUGGCUCGUGGUCUUCAACAACGUGACCAAGAACUACGACCGUCUGCAGUGCGAGUCCCCGCGGGAGUUCGCUGGCUACCCGCUGCUGGUGCCGCGGCCUCACCACAGCCGCAACGCCAUCACCGUCUUCCAGUCCAUGUGCCGCGAUGGCACCUUGCCGUCCAGGCCCGUCAGCCACCCCACUCCAUACACCACCGACUCCCAGAAGGACCCAGAUGAGAACUCUGGGUUCAACCCUGUGGAUUUCCUGUCCGUGGAGCCCCCGGCCUCCUCCACCACAGACUCCUCCAUCAGCCCCACCAUCAAGCUCCACUACGUCACGUUCACUUCAGCCACCCUGGUGGUGACCAUCCCUUCCCCCUUCAGCAAGCUCUACGUUCUGGUCCAAUAUAACAACAGCUACGUCUCCGACGUCAUGACUCUGAAGAACAAAAAGGAGAUUGUCACCCUCAAUAAGCUCAAAGUCCACACUGACUACACCUUCUGCGUGGCCUCCAUCCGCAACUCUCGCCGUUUCAACCACACCUGCCUGACCUUCGCCACCCGGGAGCCCAUCCAGGGGGACGUGCCCCCCAGCACGUCCACCACUACGCACUAUAUCAUGACCAUCCUCGGCUGCCUCUUCGGCAUGGUGAUUGUCCUGGGGGCUGUCUACUAUUGCCUGCGCAAGCGGCGCAUGCAGGAGGAGAAGCAGAAGUCAAUCAGCGUGAAGAAGACGAUCCUGGAGAUGCGCUAUGGAUCAGACGUGGACACCAGCUCCAUCGUCCACUCUGCCCAGAAGCUGGGGGAGCCACCGGUCCUCCCCGUCUCCCGCAUGUCCUCCAUCCCCUCCAUGAUUGGGGAGAAGCUACCACAGCCCAAGGGCCUGGAGGCUGGCAUCGACACACCCAAGGUGACCACCAAGGGCAACUACAUGGAGGUGCGGACGGGGGGCAGCGGCGGCGGCGGGGACGUCCUGACCCGGGGUGAGGAUGACCUGCCAGACUUGGAUAAUGGCCAGGGUUCGGCAGCAGAGAUCUCCACCAUUGCCAAGGAGGUCGAUAAAGUCAACCAGAUUAUCAAUAACUGCAUUGACGCCCUCAAGCUGGACACGGCCUCCUUUCUGGGAGGAAGCGGAGCAGACCCGGAGCUGGCUUUUGAGUGCCAGUCUAUCCCGACCAGCUCCACGGGUGGGCUGGAGCGGCCCAGCUUCCUCUCACCUCCCUACAAAGAAAGCUCCCACCACCCCCUGCAGCGGCAGCUGAGCGCUGAUGCUGCUGUGGCCCGGAAGACCUGCAGCGUCUCCUCCAGCGGCUCCAUCAAGAGCGCCAAGGUCUUCAGCCUGGACGUCCCUGAUCACCCAGCACCCCCGGGGCUGGCCAAGGGUGACUCGAAGUACAUUGAGAAGGGCAGUCCACUCAACAGCCCCCUGGACCGUCUUCCCUUGGUGUCUCCUGGUGCCAUCCAUCACCUGGAGGUGAAGCCUUCCUACCACUGCAGUGAGCACCGACACUCUUUCCCAGCCUUGUACUACGAGGAGAGCGCGGACACCUUGAGCCAGAGGGUGUCCUUCCUCAAGCCCCUGUCCCGCUCCAAGCGGGACUCCACGUACUCUCAGCUCUCCCCCAGACACUACUUUUCGGGCUACUCCUCCAGCCCUGAGUAUUCGUCCGAGAGUACCCACAAGAUCUGGGAGCGCUUCCGGCCCUACAAGAAGCAUCACCGGGAGGAAGUGUACAUGGCGGCUGGCCAUGCCCUGCGCAAGAAGGUCCAGUUCGCUAAGGAUGAGGACCUGCACGACAUCCUGGAUUACUGGAAGGGGGUCUCAGCUCAGCAGAAGCUGUGA